AGACAUGUACCUUGCUUCUGAAGUGAUAAAAUUUAAAUUUAUGAUCUCAUUUUUACUGAUAAUAAUAGAGCAAUUUUUCUUACCAUUUUAGACAUAUCAUGGGAUUGCUCAGCAGAGGUAGAAUAUUCCUCUCCGUGCUCUGGUUGUUCCCGUUGUCGAGGAGUUUCUGCUCUUCAAGAUACUAAAAGGAAUAAAACCCCUGAACCUCCAAAAAGAUGGUGGAUGGCAUAUGUUCCUAAACCAAAACCAGCAUUUGGAUAUAUAUCAGAGGUUAAAGUUGACUACAGGAGCAUAAUUAAUGAAGAGUGUGGAGUAAAACACAAAACAAACAUCAACAAUAUCUGUGACCUCGUUAUCACUACAAGAAACACUAAACAAUCCUCAGAUAUCCCCAGCUAUGCUCUGCAUCUAAAAACAGGUCCAGCCAAUGUUGGAACAUUUGACUUUAUAAAAGAAGGUUGGAGCAGAGAAUGGAAUAAAUUGAAAAGUUAUGCAUCAGAAACUACUGUUGGGGAAGUAACAUUAAGACCGACAGGAGAUGUUAAAACAGCCACGGUAAGACGUUCUUCUCUGUGCAUGUUGUGAAAGAAUAGGAUAUGA